AUGCCGCUAGGGACCACCCCCUAUCACCUGGUCUAUGGUAAGGCGUGUCACCUUCCUGUCGAACUCAAAUACAAGGCUGCAUGGGAAGUCAAGUUACUGAAUUUCGACAUCAAGCCAGCAACUGAGAGGCGCAUGAUCCAAAUCCAUGAGCUGGAAGAGAUAAGGCACCUCGUCUAUGAAAGCUCCAAAAUUUAUAAGGAAAAGACCAAGGCCUACCAUGACAAGCGAAUCAUUGCCAGACGUUUCAAACCCAACGAUAAGGUCUUGCUUUUCAAUUCAAGGCUGAGGUUGUUCCCAGGCAAGCUGAAGUCUAGAUGGUCCGGACCCUUCACUGUUAAGGAAGUUCGACCCUACGGAGUUGUUGUGUUACUGGACAGAAAAGGAGACGAGUUCGUAGUGAACGGGCAGCGCUUAAAGCAUUACCUUGCUGACUCCACUAUCGCAGAGGGCGAAGAAAUUCCCCUAAGCGAUCCCCCAUCAGCCUGA